AUGGCUAUGGCUUGGAAUCGAUUUAUAAAAUUUCUCGACGAAGAUGACCACCUUCGGCUUGGUGAUGCGCUGGUGGACUCUGCUGAAGACUUUGCAAACCUGCUACAAGCAGAGAAGCUCACGGCCCGUGAGCUGAUCGGCCAAGACCUAUUCAGUGCAAGACCAACAGACAGGGUCUUUCGAGUCCGGAAGCUUCUUGGGCCUCUGGGUCCGGAAAACGUCCCAGUUAUUCGUUGCGUCGGGUUAAACUACACCAAACACAUCAAAGAGACAGGGAGAGCCCCGCCGCCAUAUCCCUCCAUCUUCAUUAAGCCGUCUCAGUCAGUUACGGGAUGGGAUAACGGUAUCCCCAUACCGAAGAUAGCGCAGCAUGACCAACUCGAUUAUGAGGGAGAGCUGGCCAUUGUGAUCGGGAAGGAGGGCAAAGAUAUACCCAUUGCGAAUGCACUGGAACACGUCGCAGGAUAUACCACUGCAAACGACGUAUCCGCGCGGACCUGGCAAAGAGACCCCAGAUUCGCGGGCGAGGUCCCUCAGUGGUGUUUCUCAAAAGGAUUUGAUUGCUUUGCGCCGAUGGGUCCAAUGAUUGUUUCUCCAAGGAUACUUGGAGGAGCUGAUAAUCUCCUGCUUCAAACGAGAGUAAACGGAGAUUUGCGCCAGGAAGCAAGCACGAGCGACUUGGUAUUCGGAGUUAAAGAGAUCGUUGCAUUUGCCAGUCAGGGAACAACCCUCGAGAAAGGCUCAAUUAUCCUGACCGGGACCCCUGGUGGUGUGGCUAUGGGAAUGAAGCCGCCCAAGUGGUUGACUGAUGGCGAUGUUGUGGAGGUCUCUGUCAGCGGAAUUGGCACUAUACGCAACAAGAUGGUCUUUUUGUGA